UUCAGUUCGAACGGCGCGCUGCGUGCGAUUAUCUCCGGUAAUCAUCCUCGUCGUCAACCUGGAGGCCUGCCGGCCACGGACGAUGCCCUGCUGAGAGAAAGAAAUCGGCGUCAGGAUGCUGCGGCCUGCCACCGCGGUUCUCUUCACCCUGGUGAUUGCCACGUCCGUGUCGCAAUUUACUCAGGAGCCAAAGAAUACCGAUCGGAGUGAUGAAGUGAUUCUGAGCAUUAGCGAUAAACAGAAAACUCAGUACUUAAGUCAAAAUGUUAAGGCAGAUGCGUACAAAUACGGUUAUGAUGUAAGCCCGCAUGGCCAGUUCCAUCAUGAAGUACGUGGUCCAGAUGGGGUUACCUACGGAUGUUAUGGCUAUUUGGAUCCUUUUGAUCAUCUAAAGACAACAUUUUAUCUUAGCGACGGGUGGGGUUACCGUGUUAUACAACCAGGAAAAGACGUAGAAUUGUUUCUUCAUAAGCACGAACAUCACCAACAAGGGGAUCACGAGCAUCACGAGCAUCAUGGCGUGAUUACGCCUUGGCAGCAGCUUUAUUUCCCAGCAAUCUGCGCGCAAUAUGCAGACACGAGCGCACCAAUAACGCCACCGUUAGUACCUAUCGGAAGCGGAACAACAAUUAAUGCAACGCCGACCAAACCUCAACGACCGCCUUAUAAACCUGAUUCAAUUGGAAGACCAGGAGCGCCAGGAACUCCAGGAAGACCAGGAACUCCAGGAAGACCAGGAACACCAGGAACCCCAGGAUCCCCAGGGACUCCAGGAACUCUAGGAAUUCCAGGGAGACCAGGAGUUCCAGGAAGUUUAGGGACGCCAGGAACUUCAGGGACACCUGGACUUCCAGGGACAUCAGGCAAACCUGGGACGCCAAGUUAUCCUGGACAUCCUGGAACUCCCGGUAUUCCUGGAACACCAGGUAUUCCAGGAACUCCUGGAAUACCAGGAAGGCCAGGAACACCGGCGAUAAUAGGCACACCCGGUAUACCCGGGAGACCAGGUACACCAGGAAUUCCCGGAACUCCAAGAUCUCCUGGCAUUCCCGGAACACCGGCUAUUCCAGGAUCUCCUGGCGCUCCUGGAACGCCAGGUAGACCAGGAGUACCAAGCAUACCCGGAAGACCAGGUAUACCAGGAAGUCCAACUAUAUCAGUAGUGCCAUCUUACCCAGGACAUCCUAUAACACCAGGAUCUUCUGGAACCCCCGGGACGCCAGGUAGCCCAAGUUUUCCUGGAUUUCCAGGAACACCAGGUAGUCCAGGAUUUCCUGGCAUUCCCGGAACACAGGGUAUUCCAGGAACUUCUGGCACUCCUGGAACACCAGGUAGACCAGGAACACCAGGCAUACCCGGCAGACCAGGUAUACCGGGAAGUCCCGGAACUUCAAUUAUAUCAAUAGUCCCAUCUUAUCCAGGAUAUCCUGCAAUACCAGAAUCUCCUGGCAGUCCUGGAGCACCAGGUAUUUCUGGAUUUCCUGGCAGUCCUGGAACACCAGGUAUCUUUGGAUCUCCUGGCACUCCUGGAAAGCCAGGUACAUCAGGAAGUCCCGGAAUUGCUAGUAUACCAGCAAUACCAUCGUAUCCAGGACACCCUGCAAUAUCAGGAUCGCCUGGAACUCCCGGAACGUCAGGUAGUCCAGGUUUUCCUGGAUUUCCAGGAACAUCAGGUGGUCCAGGAUUUCCUGGUACUCCUGGAAUACCGGGUAUACCAGGAGUCCCAGGUAGACCAGGAAAACCAGGGACGAUUUAUCCAGGAUAUCCAGGAAUACCAGGUGUUUCAGGAAUUCCCAGUAUCUCUGGAUCGCCGAGUACACCUGGAACAUCAGGAAAACCUGGAACAUCAAGUUAUCCCGGAUAUCCAGGAAUUUCUGAUUUUCCAACUUCUCCCGAAGGACCUUCUUAUCCAGGACAUUUUGGCAUAUCGAGUAUACCAGGAUCUCCUGGCACUCCUGGAACGCCUGGAACGCCAGGUACUCCAGGACUUCCUGGAAUAUCAGGAAAGCCAGGAGCACCAUCUUACCCUAUUCAUUCAGGAACACCGAAUGCGCCACUAAUUCCUGGUACUAUUGGUACACUAGGAAUUCCUGGAACCCCUGGAACUGGAAUCCCAACUAUAUCAUAUUACCCUGGAAAACCUGGUCGCCCUGGAAAACCAGGUCUUCCUGGCCAUCCCGGAAAACCUGGCAUACCAGCGUAUCCAGGAAGUUCAUCAUUUCCGAGCUAUUCUCAUAUAUCAGAAACUCCAGGAAAACCAUUGCUUUCUGGACCUUCUGGUACCAUUGGUAAACCCGAAAUUCCAGGAAAACCUAGUGGAAUUGCACCAUUCCCACCUCACCAUGAUUAUCCUAAUACAUCAAAUUUGCCAACUAGACCUGGAAUACAUGGUAUACCAGGAACAAGUGGAAUACAUUUAGGAUAUCCUGGCACACCUGGUACACCUGGUAUACCAGGUACUCCCGGAAUUCCAGGAGUACCCGGUACUCCAGGUACUCUUGGAGCACCUGGAAUUCCGUUUCAUCCUACGUAUUCAGGAAUCCCUGGCACCCCAGGUGUUUUGGGUAUUCCUGGGGUACCAUCACAUCCAAAGUAUCCUAGUAGUCCUGGUUCCCCAGGAACUUCCAUAUCAUCAGGAAAACCAGGCAUUCCAUCUUAUCCUGGAUAUCCAGGAAUUCCCGAUACGUCAGGAACAUCAGGAACACUCGGCACGUCUGGAAAACCUGGAAGACCAGGUACUUCAUCAUAUCCCGGAUAUUUCGACUUUCCUAAUACGUCGGGCAAACCAGGCAUUCCUACGAAACCUGGCAAACCAGAUUAUCCAAGUUACCCUUUUUAUCAUGAUUACCCACAAUACCCUUCAGGUCCGGAAGGACCAGUGGGACCUGAAGGUCCUAUUGGUGGCAUUGGUGGAGUAGGAGGUAUUGGUGGUGUAGGCGACGUGGGGCUUGACGGUCCUGAUGGGCCGUGGCCAACUGGUUCGCCUGGUCCCGAUGGACCAUGGCCUGGAGAUCCAGAUUAUAUUCCUGGAGUAAAGCCAACAAGGAGACCUUCACACAAGAGACCGUUGAAAAGUCAACUACCUAAAACGUACUCUUCUGAUAUAAACAAUCCUAAUUAUAAAACGCAAUAUUACCCUGGAAAUAGAACUGAUUUUGCAUACGAAGGCUAUAACGUAAAUAAUAUUGAACCGACGGAUUUGUCGCAUUCGCCAAAAAUAAGUAUACCUUUGUAUACGAAUCAGAGAGAGCACGAAUACGGGACUAAAUCCUCGUCGUUAAUUUAUGGAAAGAAAGGAACCGCCUACCACGCAGGUGAGAUCAACUCUUUGUUGCAAAUAGGACCAACAGCACCAUCAUCAAAAUACCUCGUCGACGAUCAAAAAAUAGACUCAUUUAAAGAGAAUGUGCAACCACACGAUCAUAUAACUCACACAAGCUCAGAACCAUUAAAAAAACUGCCUAAAACGGGUAGUGAACCAUAUUCUGUGCACGACCGGGAUGAGAACCAGAAAUCAGUGUUUUAUCCAACGUAUAAUUUGCAACAGUCUCCAAGAAGACCAUAUCGACCAGUUAAAUUAGGGCGACAAGAGAGCAUCUUUAAUACGCCUGAACAGUACAAUAAUUCUGCGAAUGUGGAUAGCAAAGAAAUUUCUAACGUACCGUUUCAGCCGGAUGGACAUGUCAGUGUUCUGGAAAAACAGGUAAAUGCACGACUUGAACAACCAUUCCAGGCGAAUCCCGGCGUCGACGCCAUUGGGGUUCAGCCGCCCAGCUCCAUCAACGUCAAGCCCUUCCCACUACCUAUAGGCCCAGACCCACAAGCAUGUCCUUGUUAUUUAGUCGAGUCGAAUAACAGCACAAACGUAGCGACCAGCACGACUCCUACCUCUAUUAUUGGUCAGUUCGGAUUUAUUCCUGUUAUCUUUGUACCAUACUGUCCUGGCGAUGAGACGGACAGCAGUAAGAUGAAGAUUAUGUUCCCAUCCGCUACACCUGUCCCAUAUGCAUGCGACGCAUGCGGCACACAAGACAGCAAAUUCGGGAUACAGGUGCUCGAUGUAAAUCAGCUUGGCAAUGUCGAUUAUCUUAAGAAGGUGUUAAGUCAGGCCAAUCUUGGAUUUUUAAAUGUUCCAGUCAAAACGGACGCCGAACGAAGGAGAAGCAGAAGCAGAAAAGCGGAGUAAGGAGUAAAACUAACUUAUUGCUGUUAAAUUGCAAUCGUUCUGCGAAGAGAAGUUCGCCCUCUCCCGAGGGAUAUCGAUAAAUAUGGGAUAUUGGCUUUGCCCGUCCGUCAGCUGCUGGUUAGCCGAUGGAUGGCCAAUUAGGGACAGUUGUAGCAUUUGUCGAAUAACCAAAGUUAGUGGAAUAUACGAAGGGUUUAGAGCAGAAAUAAAUUUUAAAAUGUGUGUAUAAGUUUAAAUACGAUACAUAUAUCUUUACAGAAGUAUACUUAAGUAUUAAAUAUCUAAAAUCUGGUGACCUUAUAGAUUAUGAAUUUAUCCGGAUAACAUUUUUGUUCUAAGCCCUUAAUAUUUCUCUAUUGCUUCACUAUUCUCUCUCUCUCUCUCUCUCUCUCCCCCUCUAUUUCUCCCUCUCCUCCUCCCUCUUCCUUUCGUCGCAUUAUUCUGUAUAUUUUUUACAAAUAUUGAUAUAAGUUAAAGAGCAAUAGAGAAGAUAAUAUUUGUAUUUGAUCACUGAUUAUGGUUAUUCAUUCAAUGUUUAGGUUUAGGUAUAUUUAAAAUCAUUUAUGAAUAAGAUUUCCUGUCUCUCUGUUUCGUCAGUUUUUGUUAACCAAUAUCCUAAUAUUUAUUUAGAAUUUAUUUUUUGCUCCGUAUCUCAUUCUUUUAAUAAUAUAUAUGAAAUGUAUUUGUUAUAUACUUAUCAAAAAUCUAAAUAAUGGAAUGUAUAUAACAAUUAUUAGAGAGAGAGAGAGAGAGAGAAAGAGAGAGGGGGAGAGAGAGA